AUGGAAGACUCGAAAUCUGCUGCAUUGAUCAUGGACGACUUGAGGAACUACUUGCGGGAUGAAAAUGGAGAUAUAUUUGAAAUCAUCAAGAGAGCGAUCAUGGUGGCUGCUUCUGAUCAACCAACGGAGUUCCAAAGUAGAAGACACGAGAUUGCUCAGAUUCUCUUCUCUGAUGAGUUGAUCAAGCACUAUGUAGGUGAUAAGUGUAAGAAACAGAGCCCAAAGGUGAGUCAUGAAACAGAAGACGAAAGAAAAUCAGUUUCUGAGGGGUUGAGUACUUCUGUUCUGUGUAACGAAGAAGUCCGAGAAUGGAACGAGAACGACAGCCAUGGAAAGCCAACGAUGAAGAAGCAAACCGUACCUACCUGCAAGAAGCAACCGCCGACAAUGGUGAUGAAACUCGGAUUGAAUACAGAAACGAAGUUCCAAAUUCAAAAGGAUCCAGUGACUCCUGAAGAAAACGUUAACGAUCUUGGGGGUAGCGUGUACAAUGACAGAGUUGCUGAGGUCUUGAAGAUGAAGAAGAUUCUUGACAAGAGCGGAGAUGAAUCUCAAACUGAAUUGGUAGUGUGUGCCUUGUUAACGAAGCUUCAAUCCAUGGAGUUAUCUAUAGAAACUCUGGAGGAAACGAUGAUUGGAAAAACCGUAUCGGCUCGUCAAAAGCAUGCGUCGGGGAAAGUUCGCCAGAGUGCAGUGACACUCGUGAAAGCAUGGAAACGCACAGUGGAUGAAUGGGUCGAGAAUGAGUCGAACGUUGAGGAACCAAAAUCUUUGCAGCUGAAGUCAACAAAUGUGAAUAUGAACUCGGAGAAGAAACAGUCAAACGUUGUGGAACCAAAAUCUUUGCAAAUAAAAUCAAUGAACGUGAAUAUGAACUCCGAGAUGAAGUUGGGAGGUCCAGAAAAAGCUCCAAAGAUUGGAAUUGACAGAACGGUGUAUUCAUGGCAGAAACUGGAAGCAUUAAAGAGAAAGAUGCGAGAAGAGUAUGAGAGAAUAGAAAACAUGAAGAAGAAGAGCAGAAUACAAGUGAUCGAGCUGGAUGCAGUCACGAAGAAGGCUCCCCGCCCCCAUGCACACGGUGAAUACAACAGAAGAAAGGUUUAUAGGCGGGGCUGA